UGCAAUAUCAUUUGGUUUCAUCCGUGGUUUGAUCUUGAGAAUAAUUCAUCAACAUAAGUUUUCCUCUCAUGUCCCUCCACUGACAUCAUCCAACUGACUUGCUGAUAAAAUAGACAGCUUGAGGAGAAUCUGAGGAAAGUGUGCAAAGGACAUGUAUAAGGACAGACACUCAUCUUUUCAGUAAUGUGGGCAUUUGUGAUCAUGAAGAAACAAGAAUAUAUGAAUGGAGAGCAAAGUGUUUCCAUAUGUAAAAAUUAGAGUGCUGGGAAUCAAAGCUAUACUGGGAAAAAUGUCAUGAGAGGUGCAAAGCUCCUGGUAGCAUUUAUAUUCUAACUUGAACUUCUUCUGGCUUGCUCUGAAUACUUCGGUGUCUUAAAUAAUUGAUGAAGCAUUAAACUGGGAGAGUAUUGAAGAGAAAAGUGGGCACUGUGGGGACCUGAGAGCCCUGUACUUCCAUGAGCUGCCUGCAGGGCCAGCAGUCUAUGUGGAAUCCAGAUGCCUCUUCCUGCUAUGUAUUUGAGCAGCACUUCAAACAGCUCUCUCCCGAGAGAACUCCAAUGAGAGGACUGUUUUGGUUUGAGUCAAACGGAUGCCCUGCCUUGUAUCAAUAGAAUACAUACACUAGAAUAACUAAGUUUUACAACCGAGGUUGGUUUUUCACACUUCAGGCAGAGUUGACUGAGGUCUAGAAGCUCAUUGGGAGAAUAACAACGCAAGAAGCUUUGGACUCAAGAAUAUUUACCCAAAAGGCGAACAAAGCAGACAUCCAUCCCUGGAUUACAAAGCAGUAUUCUAACUCAAAGGCUUGAGAAGACUCGAUUCACUGCUAUUGCUACCAGAUAUCCUCUGAGAGCCAAGCAGAGAACAUUAAGGAAGGAAGGAGGGAUGAAGCUGGAAGCAGCGCAGUAAGCGGAGGCGCUUGAAGCAGCGGGCCACUCACUAGCCGGAGACUCCACUGCCGCCAGCAUGAGAACUUACCGGUACUUCCUGCUGCUCUUUUGGGUUGGUCAGCCCUACCCAACUUUCUCCGCUCCAUUGUCUAAGAGGACUAGUGGUUUCCCAGCAAAGAAAAGGGCCCUGGAGCUCUCAGGAAACAGCAAAAAUGAGCUGAACCGUUCAAAAAGGAGUUGGAUGUGGAAUCAGUUCUUUCUCCUGGAAGAAUAUACGGGAUCGGAUUAUCAGUAUGUGGGCAAGUUACAUUCAGACCAGGAUAGAGGAGAUGGAUCACUUAAAUAUAUCCUUUCAGGAGAUGGAGCAGGAGAUCUCUUCAUUAUCAAUGAAAACACAGGCGACAUACAGGCCACCAAAAGGUUGGACAGGGAGGAAAAACCGGUUUACAUCCUUCGAGCUCAAGCUAUUAACAGAAGGACAGGGAGACCUGUAGAGCCCGAGUCUGAAUUCAUCAUCAAGAUCCAUGACAUCAACGACAAUGAACCAAUAUUCACCAAGGAGGUUUACACAGCUACUGUUCCCGAAAUGUCUGAUGUCGGCACAUUUGUUGUCCAGGUCACUGCAACGGAUGCUGAUGACCCAACGUACGGGAACAGCGCUAAAGUUGUCUAUAGUAUCCUACAGGGACAGCCCUAUUUUUCAGUUGAAUCAGAAACAGGUAUCAUUAAGACAGCUCUGCUCAACAUGGAUCGAGAAAACAGAGAACAGUACCAAGUGGUGAUCCAAGCCAAGGACAUGGGCGGCCAGAUGGGAGGAUUAUCGGGGACCACCACGGUGAACAUCACGCUCACUGAUGUCAACGACAAUCCCCCCCGGUUCCCCCAGAGUACAUAUCAAUUUAAAACUCCUGAAUCUUCUCCACUGGGUACACCAAUUGGCAGAAUCAAAGCCAGUGAUGCUGAUGUAGGAGAAAAUGCUGAAAUUGUGUACAGUAUCACAGAUGGUGAGGGGCUGGAUAUGUUUGAUGUCAUCACUGACCAGGAAACCCAGGAAGGAAUUAUAACUGUCAAAAAGCUCUUGGACUUUGAAAAGAAGAAAAUAUACACCCUCAAGAUAGAAGCCUCCAAUCCACGUGUAGAAACUCGAUUUCAGUACCUGGGUCCAUUCAAAGACUCAGCCACAGUGAGAAUUGUAGUGGAGGAUGUUGAUGAGCCACCUGUCUUCAGCAAACUAGCCUACAUCCUACAAAUAAGAGAAGAUGCUCAGAUAAACACAACCAUAGGCUCAGUCACAGCUCAAGAUCCAGAUGCCAGCAGGAAUCCCAUCAAGUACUCUGUUGAUCGACACACAGAUAUGGACAGAAUCUUCAACAUUGAUUCUGGAAAUGGUUCAAUUUUUACAUCGAAACUUCUUGACCGGGAAACAGUACUAUGGCACAACAUUACAGUGAUAGCGACAGAGAUUAAUAAUCCAAAGCAAAGUAGCCGAGUACCUUUAUAUAUUAAAGUUCUAGAUGUCAAUGACAAUGCCCCAGAAUUUGCUGAGUUCUACGAAACCUUUGUCUGUGAAAAAGCAAAGGCAGAUCAGCUGAUCCAGACCCUACGAGCCAUUGACAAGGAUGAUCCUUACAAUGGACACCAAUUCUCCUUCUCUUUGGCCCCUGAAGCAACCAGUGGUUCAAACUUUACCAUUCGUGACAAUAAAGACAACACAGCAGGAAUCUUAACUCGGAAAAAUGGCUAUAAUAGACAUGAGAUGAGCACCUAUCUCCUCCCUGUGGUCAUUUCAGACAACGACUACCCAGUUCAAAGCAGCACUGGGACAGUGACUGUCCGGGUCUGUGCAUGUGACCACCAUGGGAACAUGCAGUCCUGCCAUGCGGAGGCCCUCAUCCACCCCACGGGAUUGAGCACAGGGGCUCUGGUGGCCAUCCUUCUGUGCGUCGUGAUCCUACUAGUGACAGUGGUGCUGUUUGCAGCUCUGAGGCGGCAGCGAAAGAAAGAGCCCUUGAUCAUUUCCAAAGAGGACAUCAGAGAUAACAUUGUCAGUUACAACGACGAAGGUGGUGGAGAGGAAGACACCCAGGCCUUUGAUAUUGGCACUCUGAGGAAUCCUGAAGCCAUAGAGGACAACAAAUUACGCAGGGACAUUGUACCUGAAGCUCUUUUUCUACCCCGACGGACUCCAACAGCUCGCGACAACACCGAUGUCAGAGAUUUCAUUAACCAAAGGUUAAAGGAAAAUGACACGGACCCCACUGCCCCGCCGUACGACUCCUUGGCCACAUAUGCCUAUGAAGGCACCGGUUCGGUGGCCGAUUCCCUGAGCUCUCUAGAGUCUGUGACCACGGAUGGUGAUCAAGACUAUGAUUACCUUAGUGACUGGGGCCCUCGAUUCAAAAAGCUGGCAGAUAUGUACGGAGGGGUGGACAGCGACAAAGACUCCUAAUCGGUUGCCUUUUUCAUUUCCCAGUAUGACACUGAAACACGUGAAGUGGCUAUUUCUUUCUAUUUAUCCACUAUUCUGUAAAGGGUUCUCUGUUGUACCCGUUCCAAAAGCCAAUGGCUGCAGUCCAUGUGGAUCCAAUGUUAGAGACUUUUUUCUAGUACACUUUUAUGAGCUUCUAAGAGGCAAAUUUUUAUUUUUGAGUGUGCCCAGUUAACCAAGUCAGCCCAGUAGGCAGGUGCUGGAGGAGCAGACAGGGAGCUGUAUGUUCACUUUUUCUCUGAGGGAGGGUUUGGAACUUGCUGGUUACAGCUGGCCUGGCAUAUUAUGACACUCUAUGGCCUCAGGUCAGCAGCCUGCCCUAACUGUACAUUUCACAUGCUGAUGAGAUAAAGGAUUGUGCUUUAAUGACAAAGGUACAGCUUUAGUUAAAAAAAAAAAAAUAAACAACUGGGAAGUUGUUUCACAAGGAGAAGAUCAUAAACCACAUAAGUUGUAAGGGUGUGUAUGUCUGUCACAAAAAUUUAAAAUGACAUUCAGCCAGUCUUGUUUGUGCUCUGAAGACUUUUUCUCGCAGCAGCUACUCAAAACAGCAAAUACACAAAUGCUUUCAUAUUCUUUUUCUCUUAAGGAAUAGAAGCAUAUUACAUGGAAACAUUCACAGAUAAUAAUAACAAAAGACUUGAGACAUCAUUCCUCGCCAAUAACAAAAUGUGUUACACAUAGGGCAUGUAAAAGUUUGCCUUUGCACCGUAUAAAGGGAAAUAGACAAUGGUUAAUAGUACAAACAAAGGAAAUACUUAGCAUAUUGUGAAGUUUUGGCCUCCAACUGUAUCACAGACCUUUUGAAAUUCUUUCAACUAUCAGUAGGCUAAUGACCAAUAAUUUAAUUGUUUAAAGGUUCUCGCAAGAUUUUUUCUGGGACAAAUGUUAAUUCCUUGUAUGUAGUUGUCAGUAUUAUCCUACUGUACCUGGAAGUAGCAGAGUGAACUACAAUAAUUCUUAUUCCUCAGAAACUUCUUAUACAAUUAACUUGACUUAGUAAAGAUAGAUUAACUACAGUUCAAAUUCUACUCUUGGAGUUUAAGGAAGAGUGUAGUGCCAGCCACCUUUGAACCUAACCCUGUGCCCCUCACAUCCAGAACACCUGUAUACAUAUACAACAAACAGAUCUAGAUGAACAGUGAAAUUACAGUAGAAAUCUACAUAUUCCAUGAUUGGAAGAUGGAUACAAAGGUACAACUUGGAUUUCCUUCAACGUGAGUGUUUAAGAUUGUAAUUAAAAUGAUAGUUGACCUCAAAAAGUAUCAAUAUUUUUCAUUAUGUAUAACUUUGCUUCCAUGGCAAAAGGAUGGCAAGCCUACCAUCCUUGUCUUUGAACUAAUGAUAAGUAAUAGUCUCAGACUAUGACAAAAAGUAAUGUAAAAUCCAUCCAAUCCAUUAUUUCUCUAAUUAUGCAAUUAGCAUUGUAGGCAGUUAUUAUCCAGGGGACCCAAGUGAACUGAACUAAUCCUUCUGGCAGGUUCAAAUCAUUUACUACGUAUGGCUGUUCUAAUGACUUUUAUCAUUAGAAUCUUACAUUGUGCAGUCACCAGAAAUUUCCAAAGUACUGUAAUGGAAACAAUCUCAUUUGGAAACUUUAAAAAUAGGCUCUAUGUACAUAUAUAAUAUACACUUAAGAAUAUGUUGACUUCACUUAUUAAUCUUAGGGAUUUAUUUUCAAUCAAUGUUUAUUUUCUAGCGGUCAACUAGUGUCAUUUCCAUUUGGGGAUAAUGUCAUCUCAGCACAUAUUUUUCUGUUUGGAAGCACAUUGUUGUUUAGUUAAGUUUGAAAUGGGCAUAUUACACAGGACAUAAAGGUAGCACCUUUAAAACAAGAGAAAUGUGGAAUUUGAGUUAGAGUGAAAAUUUUUACAACUUUAUUGUUCUUUCUGUCCCCUGAAUGAUUUCCUAUAUUGUAAUGGACUGUCCUGUACACUAAUACGUAUUUUAUGCUUCAUGCUUGGGCUAUUUUCAACUUUUAAGGUUUUCUUUUCCUAGCUCUUCAGACACAUACACACACACUCACACACACACACACAAAGACACACAGAGGAAUGCAACAAAAUGUUAUAAGAGGGCUUCACAGCAAUGAGUCAGUAUGUAUUAUAGUCACAAGUAUAUAUUUAAAAAGAUAGCUUAGUAAAAUUAAUAAGAACUAGAUACCUAUAGCAAUAGAACAGCACCUUAACCACAAAAUUUAUGGUGAAAUUAAAGGGUGCUCUAUCUUUAUGUAUCAUUUCAGGUAAAAAGUUGAGCCAAGAAAGAUAGUCCCAUCAAAAGACAAGUAUUAUCAAAAGUUGUACUUAUGAACUUUUGGUGGUAAGUGGAAUUUCUGAGAGUUGACACAAGAAAUUUCCAAUGUUUCAGGGUAAAGUUGACUUUUUCCUUCUACGUGAAAGUAAGUAGUUCUACAGUGAAAUGUUUGAGAUAUGCGUGGCAGGAUAUUUUAUCCCACCCUGAACAUGGCAUAUUGUGUCAAGAACAGUUUGAUAUAACUAUUGAAUAUUUGGUUAACUUCUUGGGACAAAAGCUAUGAUAAAAUAAAUCUAGAGAAAAUUAGGUACUCUGAGCCUAGAGCUGAAUAUUUAGUACUGUUCUUUUAAGAACCAGGUUGGUGGGACUUUUUUCUAUAAGACUCCAUGACAUCAUGCAAAUAUUAAAAACAAUAGAUCCAUCAUUCCCCCGCCCAUCCUCACUUCCUUUCCACCAGAAAUCAGCUUUAACACUACUCCAUGUGCAGAUUUUCUAAAGUUCUAGGUCCUGGGUCAACAUUCAAAAGUUAGUUUUAAGUUCAAUUUUCACGUCUGUGUCUUGAUUUUAGAUAGUGACAAUGAGAAGAUUGAAGGAGAGGGGGAAGAAGUAAAAUUUUUAAUAUCUGUUUUUAAUCACAGAAAUGAAAAAUUUAUUAAAUCAAAGUAGGUUUCUUUUGCAUACAGAAUCAUUUCAAAGAUAAUGAAGGCUUUUUGACUUUUUUGCUCUCUAUUCAAGGGAAACUAUUUCAUUAAACCACAAAGAUAUACCCUAGAAUAAGCUAUGACUUUAAAAACACGGCACCUAAGUAAAAAACCCCUUCAUUCAGUGCCCACUUUCUGCUGAACAUAUGUGUCUCCAAAUAAGUAAAUAAAUCAAAUAAGAAAGAAAUAAAGACAGUUUCAUAAAAUCCUAAGGGAAGUCUGGGCACAGUAAAUAUAUAUUUCUCUUGGAACGUCCCUGGUUUUAUAGUCUGGGUGUAUAAAGGAAGGUUCAGCUACAAAAUUACUCCAUUUUUAGAUGGAACAAAGCUGGUGAUUCAAUUUAACUCAGUAUAAAAAUAUGUGGCUUAGUUUUCUUGUCAGCUCUUAAAAAGUUGUGCAAGAAGUUCUUAAAAAUUGAAUCCAUAUCUUAGAAGCAUUCAAAUUUUAAGGAUCUAAAAUAACUUUGUAAUGUUUCUAUUACCUUUCUUCUAAGUACAUAAAUUUUAGAUGUCCUGAAUUGUUGAACAAUAUCUUACAUCAAAUGUUUUGCCCUGAAAUGGAUAUUUCCUCUGGAUAAUGAUAUACAGCCUACCAGUUGGACAUUCUGAGAUUCCAUACUUUUUAACACAUAAAAAUAUGCAGCUGAAAGGAAAGAAUGAAGUCGGUUCCUGGGCAGAGACUGAAUUUUUAAAUCAGGUACUUAUCUUUAUCAACUAAAUUCAUUUUCCCUAGGAACUGAUUCACCAAAUAAGCUCUUUUAUCCUUGUCUCUAGUUUUGAAGUGAUGUAAUUACUUUGGAAGAACUGUCUAAAAAGUCAUGAUCCCCACUAUUUUUGAAAGACAUCCUCUGAAAAGGAUCAUUUUAGUGUGAUUUUAAUUUUUAUGUUUUAUCUAGAUGAAAUCUUUUUUGAAAUGUGACAUUGUGACAAGGGACUCAAAAUCCAAGCAGUCUGCUGUGUUUAAAUUAGCACUGCAACCUAACCUUCCUCAUAAGGUUGUGAGAGUAGAAAGAUUAACGCCUGGCAUGUGGAUCUUGAGGAAGAUGAACUGUUUCCUAAGCUUUGACGAACAGCUUUCUUUUCUACAGAAUACAGAAUUACACUACGGUCUCCUCAAAAGUUCAGUGACUAUUACACUUGCAGCAUUUUUAAGCUCUCUUUGGCAUCUUUAUGGAAUAAUUUUCUAAAGGGAUAAUUCUGUACUAAAAAUACCAGACCCCGACCACAAUGAAUGCAGAGCGCAAUACCGUCUGAGAAAGCGAGUACACUGACUCACACACUUGUUAAUAAAGAAAUAGCUCAUUUUUAAAGCUAGAAGUUUAUGGUCUCUGCAUCAUCGAUUUAAUUUAAGCAUUGCUGAGACAAUCUGUAAUCUACUCCUUAUUUUGUGAUACCUUAUUUAUGAUGCAUUUUCAUUUUUUAAUUUGGGGGAAACAUUAGCCCAACAGAGCCAGCAGAUGAAAGUGCAGAAAGGAGGUCAAAUGGAAACAAAGGCUAUUACCCACUAUAUUUCAGACAGGAUGGAGGCACUUAGCCGAAGAGCCACUGGGUUAUUAGAUUAAUUUCAAAAGAGCUUUUACAAGUUGCUUAAUUCCAUUUUUUUUAAAAACCCAUGGACCACAAACUCAAAUUUCUCCUCAAAUGGGGUUAAUUUGACAAAUGAGGCAUGGACCCAGCACUGCAGAGAAAGCAUUCCACUAUAAUGAGAUCUUGGUCUUUCUUGUGAGACUAGCCUAUUUAUGUAAAUAUAUCUGGAGGCACCUUCUACAAGCUUUUAGUUUUCUAUGAUCUAUUAGUUUAGUGUUUAUUAAAGAAUCAAAUGUAUAGAAUUACUAGGCAUUCAGGGGGAAUGCUGUGUAGCAAAUGUAAAAUGGAUCUGCUCAGAAGAAACACAAGAACACUUCAAACCCACUGUACUGUUUCGUUGGUGAUUAUUUCAUAGCUUUGAGAGUAAACUACAUCAACAUAGGCCUUAUAAUAAAUGCUAUGUGAGUCUUUAGUAAUACCAAGCUAAGGCAAUUUGGCAUUCUCCUACUGUGAUUUGUGACUUUAAACCAAGAAAAUAAAAGCUUUUUGGUAUUGAUUGUAUUUAAUUAAAAAUACUUCCAAGUAUAAAUUGAAACUGUUGCCACCCUUGAAGAUUUACUAGUUGGAGUGCUCCGUUCAUGUUGUUUUUCACGGUAUCAUUCACGUCCUCAGCAACAAGAAUACCUGAGGGAAAAAAUGCCCGCUCAGUUGCCAUCCACAUUUCUAGUUAUGGAGAUUUUCAUAACUUCGCAGUUUACCUGGGAAAGUUUUCUGUAUUAGAAGAAUGAGAUUGAAACAAUUACCUUGUAGCUCAGUGUGGCCAGGCCUUUUUGUUGUAGUCAAGUGGCAAAUAUGCACUCCUUGAAAUGGCUUAGUUUAUUUUGUUUUGUUUUCUCAGACUUAUAAAUUUGAAAAGAAUGCAAUUUAAAAAAUGAUUUCUCACAAAGAGUAAAUAUGCCUUUUGCAAACUGAUUUUUGUAACGUUAUUUAUAUGAUAUUACUUAAUAAACUGGGUUUUUUUCUAA